GAACACAUUAAGGGGUCGCCAUAGAAAUGUGUCCCGUACCCCAAGCCUUCGGAUCAGUACGGAAAGGCACUUGCGCAAGCACGCGUCGUUGCUGACUUCAUUGGUUUUAGGCUUUUUACCUUUCCACGCUGUUUGUUUGUUUGUGCGGUGUGUUGUUUACUUGCUCAUUUUCUGCUUGCUGUGAUGCAUGUCAAUGGAAGUUCUUCGACACCUUGCAAUACUUGGUCGCCAUUUGUAUGCGCAAUUGUAAAGUAGGGAUGUAGAAAGGAUAUUUGAGCUUUCAGCUGACAGAAACAGGUCACCAUGCAACUAGGAUACCCAUCCGAUGCAGCGAGCUAUAAUUAUGGAGCAGCGCAACCUAACCUUGGAUUUGAGGGAAAGAACGGCCUGACAAAGUCACCAUUUGGGAGAUCGCGGAGAAGUAUCAACUUGCCAGCUUUGGCGUUGUGCCUUCUUUUGCCAUGGCUCAUUUUCUCUUUGGUGUACAGUCUUUGCAGUCUGAGCAUCCACUACCAAAGCCCAGAGCUUGUGAUACUUGGAGAAGUUGUUGCUGGCGCCGUGAUUCUGGGGAUCGCAUACUCUGCCCUGCAAAACCUCAGGGGUGGAGAAGAUGGACAGUCUUGGUACUUCUUCCUCCUGCUUUCCUGUGGUGCCAACUUGGCAUUGGCAGUCAUCCUUGGCAACAUGAACUUCAGGACCAACAUGGUCCCAUUCAUGGACGUCAACAACAUGAACGAGUACGACAUGGUGAACCCUGCAGAGAGCAAAGGCAACCAGCUCAUGGAUGCUGGCCGCAUACACUUCGUUCCAGAGUCAAAGCUGGACAUCAGCCACUCGAUGGGUUUCCGGAACAUGGACACGUAUUGUGUUGCACCAAUUUCAGUCGGAGAGCAGGACAACUACGACUUUUGGGCUGUUGGUCUAAAUUGCUGCUCCGGGCAUGUUGCGGACUUCCACUGCGGUGAAUUCAACAACCCAACAGCUCAUGCUGGGCUUCGGCUUAUGAGGGAUGACUUACGCUCCUACUUCCGACUAGCUGUGCAACAGGCAGAGGCUGCGUACAACAUCCGUGCAAAUCAUCCCAUUUUCUUCUACUGGAUGCAGGAUCCUGCAACUGAGAUCAGUGCGUACGAGAGCGCUGCCUAUACAAAUUGGAUGGUGGGCAUUUUCGUGGCCUUGGGUGUGCAGCUUCUUCUUGUGGUCAUUGCCACAGUUGCAUUUGCUAAACUUUGCUGAGAGAGUGGAGCAGCAUGCUCAAUAUCGCGCAACCGUUGAGAAUACAUAAUGCGCGUGAUUCCGUGUGACACUGGCCAGAUUUGGCCAGCAGGUGAGAGAGUUUGUGCAUCAAACCUGCAGGGCAAAACAGCACGCGGUUGUUUUGCUGCACUGGACUCUGGACUUGCCUCUAGACUCUAUGGCAAACUCUGCUUAGCAGCGGUACUGCUGGGGUUGUUCCAGAGACCUAAGAUUGCCGGAGCUUGAAGCUGUUUUCUGUUGAGUUGCUUAUCAGCAAUGGGCCUUUGCCGAACUUGAAGAGCUGGAAGGAGCCUGUCAGCCUUU